AAAAGUCAUCUUUCUCGAAAAGAAUGUAUCACUGUGUAACACUGUGUUCACAUUAUUAGAUCUAGAUCGAGAUCUAUAAAAUAAUCUAAAUUUUUGGAUUUAUGCUUUUUAUGUGAGGUUAUAGAUAUAAUAAAGAUCUAACACUAAAUAACAAUGUUUAGAUCUAAACCUAGUGUAAACUUACCUGUGAAGCCUCAUAUAUUUACGGCUAUGCAGGUUAUGGAUAUUGAAUCUCUCAAUCAUUCUACAGAUUUGGACCUGAGACCGGUUUUACCCGGGUUGGUUAGAAUGGCUCUGUGUGCUCCUCUCGAUGGAAGCGAGAAGGGCAAAGAACUUAGAAAAAUGGUUUUAGCCAUACUUUCUAGAUUGCAAGUAGUAAACAGCAUUGUUGAUAUGUUAUCUAUUGAUUUUCAUGCAUUGGAACAAGAUGUGAAAAAAGAGCAGCAAUUGCGAGCAAAAAUAGGUGGCAAUAUAACAGAAAGUGUUCUGGUGUCCCAACUACCGCAUGGAAUAGCUCUUGAGUUUGAACGAAGUGAGAGCGACCCUGCUCAAAGAAUAAGGCUUUUGUUGAGUCAACUAUUAUUUAUUUCCUCAGAGUUGACAGACCAACGAGCAGGCAACUAUUUUAAGCAGUCUGAUCUUUUUGAGUGCUCAGUUUAUACAAUGGAGAUUCUUGAUGCCUUAUGUAUAGCAAUGGCAGAACUCCCAAAUCUCCUUAACAUCCUUGAUAUCACAGAAGCAUUGUUGUGUGUUAAAAAUGGUUCAACACUGAUAACCCAGCUAGUGGCUAAUAACCCAGAGGCUUUUCUCGAUGUAUGUCGCAGUUUGAUAUCCAGAGGAGAGAAACAAGAGGAAGACUCUCUUGGUGGCUUGAGGAGGCUGGAGCUGCUGAGAAUGUUAUGUCUUGUCAACCCAAAAGCUGCUCUUCUUGUGAGAAACUUCUGUGCUGAAUAUUGCAGUAUGCCAGGCUUUGCUGUGGCAGUGUCUCUACAGUUGGCAGAGUCUAAUCAAAGUGAAGAUCCCUGUGCUAGUGACAUAGUACCAUACUUUACAGGUUUGCUGCUUGGCAGUGAUGUCACUGUUAGGAACUGGUUCUCGAGUUUCGUCAAGGCUGGCCAGAAGAGGAAACCAGAUUGCAUGCUUGGCUUACUGAGAAAAUACCUGCUGGACCAGCUAAUAGGUCUGACACCUGUCAAUGGACAGUUGAUAGAUGUGUCAAAGAUAGUUACAGCCAGCUCUUUACUACGCCUUUACAAUGCUCUGAAAGGAAUAGCCACACUUAAGUACAGUGAUGAAGAAACAGGAUGCUUGCUUCGACUUAUCAUAUCCCAUCCUGCACCUUGCACUGCUGGAGCUCACUUCAUAGCAUUAGGGAUCUGCACAUUGAUAGCAAGUCCUAGUCUGCUUAGAUCUUUGGAUGAUGAACAGUCCACUGUGAACUGGUUGCGUUGGUUGAUGCAUUCAGAUGCCCAAUUUGAUAAAAUCUCUGGCAACACAGACAGUCCUGGAGAAAUGCUUUUUUUACUGGCAUUGAACUUUCACAAUAACCAGAUGACAGCCAUCACAGAUUUAGUUUGUAACACACUGGGCAUGAAGAUCACAGUCAAAACAAGUGCACUUGUUAAAAUCAGGCACAUAUUUACCAUGGAACUUUUUACAGAACAGGUGGUUGCUGCCCAUGCUGUUAAGAUUCCAGUGACUCCCAAUCUUGAUGCUAGAUGUACUGGCUCUCUCCCUGUGCACAGCAUCUUACAGCUACUCAAGAGUAGAGUUUUCUCUAAGCACAAAGUCUCCAUAAGGAAAUGGGUGUACAAACAGAUCUGUAACAGUUCAUUUCCACUUCACCCUCUGAUGCCACUGCUCAUUGAGUCCUAUGUCAACUCUGUCAUCCCCAAAACAUCCAAACCUGAGCACACAAACGAACCCUUAUCUGAAUCCAAGAUAAUGGCCUUGUUUGACAUAAAAAAGAAAACAUUGCCUGAGCCUGGGGGCAGCUCUGUCUCACCUGGUUACCCAGACAUACAGGAGAAGCUACUCUGUCCUCAGCUGCUGAUUCUGUAUUACCUCCUCCUUUAUGAAGAUCUUUACCAAACACAUAAGAAAUUAAUUGAUGUAACCAAACUCUCCUUAUAUAGUGACACUGUCAUGUCACAGAUCCCUAUCAGCUAUCUUGUCCAAGAAGCUUUAAAACAUCAAAAUAAUUGUCAGAAUUUAUUCCCUCCAAUGAUCAGAUUGCUCAAUAUUCACUUUCCUCAUCUGUGUUUGGUUGAAGACUGGCUGGACUCUCAUGUUGGGCUCAUGACAAAAGAGCAACAGCUUGUCAAAAGAAAAACCUCGUCUUCUUCCAACACCAUCAGACCUGAGAUGGUUAAAGAAGCUUUUUCCAAGAUCAGCAUCUAUCCCGCUCAAGCUAUAAGACUGUUAGAAGAGCUCAGUUGUGGAGAGACCACUGUCCUAAGAAUGUGUCAAGAUGCUGUGGUCUCAGGCCUAGCCAAUCUCUUACAAGAAGGCACGCCAAGGAGAUUGUUGGACCUAACAAAAAAAGUCUGGUUUAAAAUGCACAGCAUUACACCCAGGAAAUUGCGCUUGGAUACAAUCAAAGCUUUACAGCCGUCCAGAAAGUCUCCAGUUCAGAUCCCUUCCCAGCUUACAGAACAAGAUCUUGUUAUUGACCCACUUGUUGUCUUAAGGUGUGAUGAGAGAGUGUUCAGAUGUGCUCCAAUUCUGGAAAUCCUUCUUCGGAUUCUCUCAGCAUACACUCAGGCCUCCAGGGUCUAUUUGAACACACAUGUCCUGGAUGCUGUGGAGACAGACAAGGAGAAAGAUCGCUUAGAACUUAAAGUUGCACUCCUAGCAGCCCAAGAAAGUGCCAUAGUGCAGAUUUUGUUGGAAGUUUGUUUACCCCUGGAGAAUGAAAAGAAGAAAAAAUGUCACAGUGAACUAAGCAGCUUGAGAGAAGUCAGGUGUUUAAUAUUUUCUUACAUUCAUCAAGUCUUCAUUGCUGACCCUAACUUAGCCAAGCUUGUACAUUUCCAAGGAUAUCCCAGUGAGCUGUUGCCUUUAGUUGUUGUAGGUGUACCAUCAAUGCACAUAUGUCUGGACUUUAUUCCUGAACUGAUUGGUCAGCCCCAAAGAUGUAAACAGAUAUUUGGCAUUCAGUUACUGGCACAUUUGUGUACACAGUAUCAUCUUCCAAAAUCUAUGAAUAUUGCCAAGUUGGGCAUUGAUGUUAUGUUCACGCUGCUUACAGUUCUAGAAAAGGGAGAAUGGGUCACUUUCUUUCGACAAACUGUGCCAAGCUUAGUGGCCAUCUGUGAAGCAUUCCCCCCUCUGUGUGAUGACGUCACUUCCCUGUUGUCUCAGCUGGGCAGAGUCUGUUACUCUCAGAUGACAGUCGCUGGAAACUCUUCCAAAAUGUGUUUACACAAUGACAAAGUGACAGAGUCUCAUGGUCUACUCAGUGAGAAGUUACUCUGUGAUGACUAUGAUGUGCUGUAUCAUACAGUUGAGACAACUUUCAGACAGAUCUGUGAAAGAGCUUUGGUCAUGGACAAACUUUACUAAUGCAUAUGUCUUUAGAGUCCAGUGUAUAUAUGUACUUAUGAUGAUGUUCAAAAAGAUAUGUAACAGUAUUUCACCUGUGUACAGAAGUUUAGUAUGACAGUGUGCUUGUGUACAAAGUUAAAUGAUUCCUUUUUGCUUUAUUUUAUUUGGAUAAAAUGUUCUUAGGCUAAAGAAAAUUAUUCAAACAAGGUUUUGAAAUGGCUUUUUUAAAGAAAAAGCUUCUGAUGUUAUUUUAACAAUAAAU